AUGAAUCUUGGUCAAAGAAAUAAUUGUCACCAUACUUUAAAUGAAAUUUUAGAAGAAAAUGAAAAAAUAGCUUUAAGGGACAUGGCAAUGGGAACACUAUAUUUGUUACAAACUGUGGUUGGAAUUCUGGGAAAUUUUCCUCUGAUUUACCAUUAUUUUUUCCUUCAUCAUACAGAAAGCAGAUUGAGGUCCAUAGACUUGAUUCUCAAGCACCUGUACAUAGCUAAUUCUUUAGUCAUUCUUUCAAAGGGACCAUCCCAGACAAUGGUAGCCUUUGGAUUGAAAAAUUUAUUCAAUCAAUUUAGUUGCAAUAUUAACCUGUAUGUCCUCAGAGUGGGCAGGGCCAUGUCAAUUUGUACCAUGUGCCUCUUGAGCGUCGUCCAGGCCAUCAUAAUCAGCCCCAUGAACUCUCGUUGGAAGACUUUUAAAAUAAAAGCUCCAAAGUACAUUGGCCUCUCCAUGUCACUCUGGUGGUUGCUACAAAUGGGGAUAAAUUUCAUUUUUCCUCUGCAUUCAUUACAAGCAUCUGGAAAAUCAGGAAGCAGAAACAUCACAAGGAAAAGACAUCUGGGAUUCUGUACUAUUGUAAAUUAUGGGACAACCACAGGCUCAGUCUAUAUUGGAUUAGUACUAUCCCCUGAGAUUUGUUUCAUUGUGCUUACAAUGUGGACCAGUGGCUCUAUGAUUUUUGUCCUGUACAGACAUAAACAGAAGGUUAAGCACAUUCAUAGCACUAAUGUUUCCUCCAGAUCUCCUGAGUCAAAAGCCACCAAAAGCGUCCUUAUCCUGGUGAUCAACUUUGUAUCAUUUUAUAUCAUCUCCUCCAUCUUUCACAUUUUCAUUGCCCUUUCUUAUAAUCUCAAUUGGUGGUUAGUGAAUAUUUCUGGCCUCAUUUCUGUUUGCUUUCCAACUAUCAGUCCCUUUCUGUUUCUGAGCCAGGAUUCCUCUCUAUCCAUGUUCUUGUUUAGGUGGCGAAGAAAUACAAAAGUCCCUCAUACAAGAAAUAUGUGA